AUGACAUUUAAUGUCACUCAAAAAAUGUCGGAAAGUAGUUUUUACAAAAGAGCUGCCUCUUACUGGGCUAAUGUACCGGCAACGAUAGACGGAGUACUUGGUGGUUUUGGCCACAUUUCGGACAUUGACAUCGAAGGUUCAAAAGCAUUUUUACAGAAUAUUUUUACUUCUAAAAAUCCACCUGGUCGUCAGCACGCUCUCGACUGUGGUGCUGGUAUAGGAAGAAUCAGUAAAAAUCUUUUAAUUCCUAUAUUCGAUAAAGUAGAUCUAGUAGAACAAGACGAGAAGUUCAUUGACACAGCCAAAAUGUUGAUCGGCGAAAAUAAUAGUCAUCUCGGAACAAUGUAUAAAAUUGGACUUCAAGAUUUCAAGCCACAGAAAUUGUACGACGUGAUUUGGUGUCAGUGGGUUCUAGGGCACUUGAAUGAUUUUGAUUUGAUCAACUUUUUCGAAAGAUGCAGUGAUGCUUUAACCCGAGAUGGCGUCAUAAUUGUUAAAGAAAACAUAACGACCACAGACGAAGUGGACUACGAUGAAAAUGAUUCCUCUAUUACGAGGCCAUACGAAUUGAUAAAGCAAAUAAUUGAAGAAGCUAGUCUAAAGAUCCUAAAAACUGACAUUCAGCUCGGUUUUCCAGAUGAUAUUUAUCCAGUUCAUAUGUUUGCUUUAGCUCCAAUGGAACCUAGUAAUAUUGAAAUUGUAUAAAGCUGAAUCUAAAUCGUAAAUUAUAUGAUUCAAAUUUUCUGCGUGUCUGUUUUGUCCAAAUGUUUCCUUAGUGUUAUUUCAGUUAGUUACUUGUAAUCGUAAUAUACCAACUAGAACCAUUCUGCGUGUUCUCGGGCGAAAAUAAUGCAGGUCAUUUCAUAUAGAAUGAAUGUUUAUCUUUGAUGGAGUGGCGAAUCGUGUGCGCAAUUCGUGAUAGUGUCAUUUAAUAAAGCAGAUCCUGCGCUAAGCCGUGAACAGCAUUUGCGGGUGAAUUCACCGUUGUUGGCGGAACGUUAUGAAAUUAUUACAUGAGUGAACCCAUCCAUAACCACAUGUAUUGUUAGGUCAGUCUUUUCUUUCACUUCGGUUGCUCCUAAGACAUAUUGAUAAAAAAAAAUCUAUAAGAACAUUUACAAAUAUUUAUGUCGUGCUCUGCGGCGGAGCCACCAUUUUAAAAACAUGUCAAUUCUACCUUAGUACCUAUAUGCGUUCGUCAGACGUACAUAAUGUAAGUGUAAGUGGCACUAGUUUUCUAUUAUUAUCAUAGCAGAAAGUUAUCGCGUCUUUGCUCCGUCGAUAAUGUAGUUAAUAUAGGUAUUUAGUCAAAAAUGUAUUAAAAGGGUUUAUUAGAUAUAGGGAUAUGUGAAAUAGUAACCUUUGUUCUGUUUCUCUAUUCUUGCCAAUCAAUUUAAAGCCAGCUUUCAAUUAAAUUUAUCUUCAGUAAUAAUGGCAUAUCGCUGACAAUUAUUCGUCGAUCUGAUGUUCAAUCAAAGAACAGUUAGCGAUUGAUAUCGCACGGGGCUCUGUUAUUAGGGCCGUCUCAGUUGUGGUAUCGACGCCCGGCAAUUUCUAUACAGUUACAUUCGCAAAUUGAGAGUUUUCAUUUGCCCUAGAAUUUACAUUGUCUGACUCUGAAUUUUGCUUCCAUAGAUAUUUCAACGAGUUACUAAG